CUGCCUCACCCCUGAGGCGUCCAAGGCCAGGCCGGCCACAAGCCACCCGCGCCUCGCGAACGCUGCGGCUUUAAGGAGGCGGUCGGGGCGUGUGCCCGGCCCGUCAUGCCGCUCGGGGGGCCGGGCCGCUGCCGUGUGCCGGCGGUGCCGCCAUGUACCGCCUGUGCCGGCUGUCCCCGCGGCUGUCCCCGCUGCCGUCCCCGCUGCGCGCCCCCCGCCCCGCCUGGGCCGCGCUCCCGCCGGGGCCGCGCCGCGCCAGCGCCAAGGAUGCAACUGAACCCCUCAAAACCACAGCCACUGAUCCCAGCGCUGAAAACAAGAAACUCAACAAAUCCCAGCAGCUGAAACAAGUUUUUAAAGAAUAUGGUGCUGUCGGGGUUUCCUUCCACGUUGGAAUUUCCUUAGUAUCUCUGGGAAUCUUCUACCUGGCAGUGUCAAGCGGCGUGGACAUGAGCGCGGUGCUGCUGAAGCUGGGUUUCAGCGAGGCCUCUCUGCAGUCCAGGAUGGCAGCUGGCACCAGCACCUUCGUGCUGGCCUACGCCGUGCACAAGCUCUUCGCCCCCGUGCGCAUCAGCAUCACCGUGGUGUCCGUGCCCUUCCUCGUGCGCUACUGCCGCAAGGCCGGCUUCUUCAAACCCCCUGCCUCCAGCCCCUGAGCUCCUUCAAACCCCCUGCCUCCAGCCCCUGAGCCCCUGGGCUCCUUCAAACCCCCUGCCUCCAGCCCCUGAGCCCCAUGGCUCCUUCAAACCCCUGCCUCCAGCC